AUGCAAGGUGGAGGAGUGAUAAACAAUGCGAAGCGGAAGGGUUUUCGGGAUUCAUUUGGUGUCUUUGGAGGAAAGAUCAUUGGAAUGUCACACCUCUCAGUCUACAAACAAUUUAUUCAUAUGAAAAUCAUAUGGGAGAAUGACAUACACUGGUAUCUUAAAGCGAUUAAGGAUGGGAAUAGGCUGUUCAGAUUCCUGGCUCCCUCGGUCCUACAUGAAGAUUAUGAUAAUAUGGUAAAAGAAAGUUGGAAGAACCAAGAUGAUUUGCUGAAGAACAUAGCCAGCUUCAUAGAAAAAGCCAAACUUUGGAAUAGGAAAGUUUUUGACAGGGAAUAUCCUGAUAUAGCCAGAGAGGUGACCACGGAAGAAAUCAAGGAAGCUGUUUUUUCUACGGGGAGUUGGAAGGCGCCGGCGAGUGACGGAUUGCCAGCAAAAUUUUAUCAACAAGCUUGGGAUGUUGUUGCGAACUCCUUACUGGACUGGGUGAAACUGAUUUUUAAUGAUCCCAGUAAUAUUGCAAGAGUUAAUCAGACUCUUAUUGCUAUUAUCCCCAAAAUUUUCUUUCCAGAGAAUUUUGGGCAUUUUAGACCAAUAAGUCUCGAUAAUGUUUGUUAUAAAUUUGUGACUCAAAUCAUAACGUGUAGAUUGAAAAAGUUCAUGCCUACUCUUAUCUCUAACACACAAUCUAGUUUCGUGCUUGGUAGAAUUAACGCAGAUAAUAUUCUUGUGGCUCAAGAGGUGGUACACACUGUGAGGAACAAGAGGCGAGGAAAAGAGCUCAUGGCUAUCAAAAUUGACCUAGAGAAAUCCUAUGAUAGAUUAAAUUGGGGCUUUGUGAUAGAUACUCUUAGUGAUACGAGUAUCCCGGAGAAGAUAAUAAGGUAUUAUUGCUCAUUGCUUAUUAACUCCAACCAUGAAUCUGUUGUGGAAUGGAUCACCUUCAAAAUGCUUCUCUCCUACAAGAGAAAUCAGACAGGGAGACCCCCUCUCACCUUAUCUAUUUGUUCUUUGUAUUGA